CCAAAGAUGAUUCCAAUAUUUAUCGCCCUUGCUUGUAUUGGCUCUAGCUUUGCUGCACAGGAAAAGUCAGCAUUUGAGCCUAUACUUUUCCCUUUCGAUUAUAGACCGUUAUAUGACCUCCUGAGAGAUGCUGACCUUGAGAGUAUCACCUGCACCAUCACCAUGAGCAUCACCAUCGGCUGCAACUUCAAGAGAGACGGCGACCAGCACUUCAUCAACUUCCUCGGUCAAGACUUCCCAGUGGGCUUCCCACUGGCCGCGUCCAAGAGAGCUGACCAAGAGGACAUCUCUGGAACCAUCACCAUCGACUUUGGCAAGAGAAGUUACGUCUGUGGCUUCCCACGCUCCGCACGUAUCAUCACCCCAAUCUGUCGUCGCAAAUAAAAGUAAAGAAUGAAAAAUAAAAUAAAAAAUAUAAUUUAAAUGACUAAAAUUGAUUAUUUUAAAAAUUAUUAAUCAAAUGAAUCAAUAAAACACGU